AUGGACAGUAUUGAUAAAAGUCUCUUGAAGAUCCUACAAAAUAAAGCUUCUGGAACUGUCGCAAUUUUCGAAAAAAUUGAUUUUUAUUGUUGUUAUGAAGAAGAUGCAUUUCUUGUGGCUAAUGAAAUUUUUCUGAGUGAAAUUGGGCUUCGACGGAUCACUAUAGAUACACAAGAACUUACAUACCAUAAUUUGAACAACGGUCAAUACAAUCGUGUUGUUCGUGAUCUUUUAUUACUUUUACAUUAUCGCCUAGAAGUUUACGCAUUAGAUGAUCGACAGUGGAAGUUAAAGGCAAAAGUAUUAUUUGAUUCAAACUUAUGUAUUAAGGGCUCACUGGGUUGUUUGGGAGAUUUCGAGGAAAUGAUUGGUGAUAGUAUAGAGAUUAAUGAGCUAUCUACGGUUAUGGCUUUAGUUUUGUCCGAGGAACAUGGCUCAGAUGAAUAUCGGCUGUCAAUCGGGUUUUGCAAUGUGCGUGAUGUGAGAAUGACUGUUGCUGAAUUUUCGGAUACACAGCAUUUUUCGAAUUUAGAAAAAUGUAUUGUCUCGCUUACUCCUCGGGAAUUUAUUAUUGUACCAAAUAUUUCAAAAACCAUGGUUGAUCGAAGCGAUAUGGAAAUUUGGAUUGAUCAUUUAGAAAUUGCACUAAAAAGAGCUGGGGUUAAGCGAGUUCCUUUUCAGUCAUGGGAGAAUGUUACUGUAGAAAUGGAGAAUAAAUUAUUUCAAGUGAUCAAUACAAAAUUCAAAGACAUACAUCUUUCCGAACAACAAAAGCGAUGUCUAAUUAGUCUUGUGGAGUACCUACAUAUUGCCGAUGAUGCCACAUAUUAUGAUUGUUUUCAAUUAUUUAAUUAUAAAUCUGCUGGGCAUAUGUAUUUGAAUAUGGCUGCUGUUAGAGCACUUGAGCUUUUUUCAGUUAGUUAUGAUGAAGAUGCAAGUUUUGGUGAUACUGGUACAUUAUUUCAGUUAAUGAAUAAAUGUCGUACGCAGCACGGGCAACGCUUGCUUCGCCACUGGAUGCGUCGUCCUCAAUAUGAUUUACGUCGAAUAAAUGAACGUCUAGAUAUAGUUGAAGCGUUAUAUAGUAAUUUUACGUGUAGAGCGAUUCUAUAUGAUAACAUUCUUCGCCGAGUCCCUGAUGUUACUGGAUUGACGAGAAAGUUAAUGAUGAAAAAGGCUGGUCUUCAGGAUUGUUAUCGCUUAUAUCAGCUAAUACGUCUUUUGCGACGCCUUGAAGAAGUUUUAACUGAUCUUUAUGCGAACUCAAAUAAUUUGGCGCCUUCAAUCAACGAUCUUUGUUUGGAGCAAAUACGAGUAGCGCUUUUGCAAUUCGAAAAAUUUGCAAGGCUUAUUGAAACUACGAUUGAUGUUGAAUAUUGUGAACAAACGGGAACCUAUAGAAUUAAACCUGAGAUCGAUGAAUACUUGUUACACACUGCAAAACGAAUGAAAGCAAUCGAAUCCGAUUGUAAAAAUCUAUUUAACAAGGCAUGCGCCAAGAUUCCUGAAGCUGUCAAGCUUGAUUAUAAUUCUCAGUAUGGUUUCUUCUUUCGUGUUACACUUAAGGCAGAGAAAUCUCUACGUCAAAUGGGCUUUCGCAUUUUGGCGACAAGCAAGGGGUCUGGUGUUCGAUUCACCAAUAGUGAUCUCGAUCGCUUGAACUCAGAAUAUAGGGAAUUAGAAAAAAUUUAUGAGUCAUCCCAAACAGAAUUGAUCAAAAUGGUUGUGAAUACAUGUGCGAGCUAUGUGCCAGCAUUAAACCAGUUAUCAGAGACACUCGCUAUUUUAGAUGUAUUGGUUGCAUUUUCAGUUCUAGCUGCUACUUCUCCAUCAAAAUAUACUCGACCACAGUUGCUUGACAAAGAUAGUAGUGUGAUAGAAUUAAAGUCUUGUAGGCAUCCCGUGUUGGAAUCUAUUCUUAAUGCUUCUUCCUUUAUAUCGAAUGAUGUAAUCAUGGGAAAGGAUCCAGAGGGAGCCAAUAUGGGUGGGAAAAGCACUUAUAUGCGCUCUUGUGCUUUAACGGUUUUAAUGGCUCAAAUUGGUUCAUUUGUUCCAUGUGAUAGUGCUCGUUUUUCGCUUAUGGAUGGCAUCCACACUAGAAUUGGUAGUUGUGAUUAUCAGUGUCGAGGUAUUUCAACUUUCAUGGCGGAAAUGAUUGAUAGCGCAUCCAUUUUGGAGCAAAGCACGGUAUAA